ACGCACAUACACACAUACUUAAGUUUGUCCUUUCCCUUCCUAUACGUGGAACACAAAGUAAAGCAUUUUACUAUACAAGAAAAGCAACAGAAAGAGAAGUAAAGUGAAAAACAUAGGAAGAGUAAUUGAAACACUGCUUUUACCCUCGCACUUUGUUCCUAAUAAAAAGAACCUCUGACCUUAUCCAAAAAAGUGGGAGAAAAAAAAAAAGAAUAAACAAACAGAACAUAUACAUUACUUCUUUUAAACUCCAAUUUUCUCACUCCAAUGAAAAACUCAUGGAUGCGUAUCCUCAUGUUAAAUUUCCUUCUUCCCCCCUUUUGACUUGCUUCUUAUAUAUACCUUACCUUGAGGUAGAAAGAGAAAAAAAUAGAAAAAAAAUCAAUAAAAAGAAAGUGAAGAUGUCUCCAUCUUGUUUAAUAUUUUUGGUCUCAAACUCAAUCUUCCUUUUGUCUUUAUUUUCAUUUACAAUUCAUGCCCAUGAUUGCACUGAGGAUUUUUGGUCUGAAGCCCAGAACAGAAAUCUAACAUUAUGCAAGAGAUACAAACACAGGAAUGGAGUUGAGUUUGGAUGGAAUAUCGACAACACGACUCGGAGUCUCCAGAUAAUGGUGGGAGCUAGAUUAGAAAGUGAAACAGGGUGGCUAGCUUGGGGUUUGAACUUUGGACCAGUACCAAGAAUGGUGGGGACUCAAGCACUUAUUGGUAUCAAACAAACAAAUGGUUCAUUUCUUGGUGACACGUACAAUGUCACACAAUAUAUCAAGAUAGGGUGCAAGCUCUUACCUUCUCCUAUUGAUUUGAAUAUCAGCAAUUUAAGGUUUCGACACAUUCAUUAUUAUCACAUUAUAGAAGCCACUAUACAUCUUCCUCAAACAGUUAAUGUUUCAAGAAUUAAUCAAGUUUGGCAAGUUGGAAAAGUUGCAAUGGGAAUGGAACCAAAGAUUCAUGAAAGGAAGCUUCAUAACUAUGAUAGCACAGAGACCAUUGAUUUGCAGACUGGCACAGUUAUAACUGUUAGAGGUUCUAGACGUCGUCAAGCAAGAAUUGCUCAUGGAAUACUUAACAUUAUUGGUUGGGGUGUAAUAUUGCCUAUUGGGGUGAUAAUAGCUAGGUAUUUCAAAAAGGGACCAAUAAAUUGGAAUGAACAUGAUCAAUGGAAACAUGCUCAUAAGACAUGCCAAACAUGUGGAUAUAUUAUUGGUGCAACUGGUUGGGCACUUGGACUCUGGCUUGGAGCUUCUUCCAAAUAUUACUCUUUUCCCAAACAUGGAGCUUUUGGCAUCUCCAUCUUCACAUUUGCCACCCUUCAAACGCUAGCCUUGAGAUUAAAGCCCCGCAAGAACGAUGAACUUCACACAUACUGGAGUAUAUACCAUCUUUCUCUUGGUUAUGCAUUACUAGCAGUGAUUUGUGUCAACAUAUUCAAAGGGAUCAAAAUAAUGCAAGAUGUAGACACGUGGAGAUCUGUCUACAUCGCAGUUAUUGUCUCUCUUACUUUCAUCUUCUUAGUCCUCGAAAUCAUCAAUUGGCUCAGAUUCAAAGUUGAUCAAUUGAAGAAGGAAAAAGAGAUUAAAUGAGGUGGAACAAUGGACAAAUAGAUAUAGUAAGAAAUAAUCAUCUUAUCUUCUCACUUCUCAAUUCACUCACUUCAAGAUAGGUUCUGAGAGACUGAUACAAAGAAAUUCUAGCACUUCUUAUGAUUAGUUUUUUUCUUUUUAGUAUCUAUGACGCCAUAUCUUUU